AUGAUACCUAUGAUACCUUGCUCGUGAAUCAUGAGUUACACUUUUUCUUGAACUCUUGAAUAUUGAUUGAUAUACUCUAGUCUCUACUUCAUAAGAGUAUCUUCUAUCAGCAGGCAUUUGAGGCGCCAAUUCUAGUUUUUCUACACCUAAAAUUGAUCAAUUGAAGGCAGAUUUGAUUCGAUUGGAUUCGAUUUGAUUUCAGUUUCACGCAGUUUUUUCUAACCAAAUCUGAUUUCUUUCAGUUGCACGUUUGAAAGUUGACCCAAUUUCAUACACAAAAAUUAAAUUCUCAAUAAGAUGGUCCUUCUCUUUAAACCCACAAUUUCUUUCCCUUUAAAUAUGUCUCUAGACCCACCAAAAUUAAACCCCAGAAGUUUCACCAUCAUGAAUGAUACCAACAAUUUUACCACACCAGUUGACUCAUCUAUGACUAUUGAUGCUCCAAUGGAGAAGAGGAGAUUGCCUAUUUUGUUAUUUGAUGUUAUGGAUACUAUUGUACGUGACCCGUUUUACCAUGAUAUCCCCGCUUUUUUUGGCAUGUCCAUGAAGGAAUUGCUGGAGUGCAAGCAUCCAACUGCCUGGAAUGAAUUCGAGAAGGGAUUAAUUGAUGAGGAUGAAUUAGCUAGAAAGUUCUUCAAAGAUGGAAGACACUUUGAUCUUCAAGGCCUUAAAACUUGCAUCAAAAGAGGAUAUUCCUUUCUGGAUGGUGUUGAAGAACUGCUUUGUGCUUUAAAAAUUAACAACUAUGAAAUGCACACUUUUACAAAUUAUCCAGUCUGGUAUCAAAUGAUUGAGGACAAGUUGAAUUUAUCAAAUUACUUGUCUUGGACAUUUUGCUCCUGUAAAGUAGGAAAACAAAAGCCUGACCCUGCUUUCUAUGAUGAAGUCCUCAGAUACCUUGAGGUGGAGCCUAGAAGCUGCAUCUUCAUUGAUGAUAGGAUGAAAAAUGUAGAGGCAGCAGUGCAUGCUGGAAUUAUUGGAUUGCAAUUUAAAGGUGCGGAUGUGUUACGCCAGGAUCUAUCUCGCCUUGGUGUCAAUAUUGCUGUUGAAGAACUCAACAAUGAAUAGACUAGCUCAAGAUACAAUGUCAACAUUUUGAGCUUAGUUUCCAUUCUUUUCUUAAUCGAACUUAUUAGAUGCUACCUUGUGAAAUUGUUACCAUUGAAUAGUAUUGUUUUGUUCUAUAAUAGUUUUUGUUGUUGGGUAUUGAUUUUACCUUUUAUGUUUUGUUUGGGGAUGGGGGUGGGUGGGGGAAGGGGUUGGAGAUGAGAAGUCAUGUAAAUGUAUCUUCUUGCAAAUAUGAAUACAAUUCUCCUUGUUAUGAUUACUUCAACUGUUGCAUUAUAGUUGAGAGUUGAGCCUGCUGAUGAUCUCUUUCUGCUUUAUUAUGUUGAACAUAUUUGAUGCUUAACAGUAGUGUUCUUGAUAUCUUCAACUACUGUUAAUGGAAGUGAGCAACAAAGUAUACCUCUUUUCCUUAGAGGCUAGAGCAAGCUCCGUUUUGCAGAAGCAACUUUUUUUCCAGCUUAAGUCACCAGUGUUUGUGCUGUACGAACAAGACUUAAAGGGCUCAACCGUAAGAUUAUUGAUGAAUUUCUUUUGCUGUUAGCCGAGGAUAUUGGCGAGUGCCUAAAAAAGCAAUGCGAAGUGAGGCUGUUCUGGACGUCUGUUCUUGAAGCUUUGAUAUCAAUAACACUUAUAUCUGCUGCUCUAGCCGGAGCCUAGAAAAUCUAUGGUCAUGGAGGAAUGAGGAAAGCUGCACAUGGGAAGGAAGACGGAGGUUUAAGCACCCAGGGAAGGAAUCUGUUUGCUUGGAUCAUUGCAAGGUAUUUGAUCUCAACGGGCAUAUGCUUCAUGAUCCAUGGUUACCACCUCUAUUCAAGGCUAUAGCUUGGAAACCAAUGAUCCAUGGAAAGGAAGUUCGUUUGCUCAUGGAUUUCGCUUGUCACUUAAAUUGCUUGAGGAAGGACUCCAUGGAACGCGUUCAGUAAGUAAACAUGAAAUACAUUUAUAUUUUCAUAUUAGGAGGAAGAUGUAAUUUAUAAUACAUACUGAAUUAAAUAUUUAUUAAAAAAUAUAAUAUAUACUCGCGUGAUGAUCAGGGCCCUAACUAGUGAUGGCCACGGAGCGGGUUACCCGGAACCGAACCGCUUGAAACCGUCCUGGAACCGGAACCGUUCGCGACAGGUUCCGAACCGGCCCGAACCGCGGAACCGUGAAACCGCCGGAAAAAAACUGCUUGAAUCGGACCUAAGAACCGUGGGUCGGAACCGGACCACAGGUUCCAUGGAACCGAAACUGGAACCGGAACCGGAACCGGAACCGGACCACAGGUUCCGUGGAACCGGAACCGGUCUGGGUGAACCGGCCCACAGGUUCCAUGGAACCGGAACCGGAACCGGUCCGGGUGAACCGGCCCACAGGUUCUUUGGAACCGUUCGAAAAAGAGUCGUUAACUAG